AUGGAGAAUUCAGAAAAAUCUGAAAAGUCAACUAUUGGUUAUAAUUGUUUUAAUGUUCAAUAAUUAUCAGUUUUGGAAAGUUUAAAUUAUAGAAAAACUAUCUAAAUAAUGAAAGAUCAUAUUUAAAUAUUUUAGAUAGCUUAACGAGCUCCAUUUCUCAUGUCAUUAAUGAUUAAAUAAUAUUAAAAAAAUAGAUAAGAAAUUUAACAUGAAUUUGCUGGUUCAGGAGGUUAUGGAUAAGUCUUUUAUGCCGAACAUACUUUUGGUAUUCCUUGUGUUGUAAAAGUAUAAAAAAUCGAUAAUUUUGAAGAGUUUAUAUAACAAUUAAAUGAGUAUAAGAUAUAGAAGGUUUUAAAUAAAAUAUUUCCUAUGAAUUUUGUAUAAUUGAUAGAUAAAGUUAUUAUUUUAUAAGAAAAUAUUAACACUUUUACUUCUUAUGCUGGUUUAGAAAUUGCAUUAACAACUUUGGAUCUAUAUUCAAAUUAAGUUAAAUAGAAUAUGAAGAAUUUCAAAGCAUUUAUCAUUAAAUUUUGA